AAUGCCAAUCACACGGAGGAAACGUCGACGCCAGCUAAACUGACUGUCCCCCACCACUCCAAGAUUUCCGCGUCCGCCGUAGUCGAAUGGAAGGUGGGUCAUCGGAGGGGCAUGAGCGAGGCCUCGGCACUCCUGCUGAGCGCAGCCAAUGUUCGACAGACGCACAGUAUGGGCGAUCUGAUUCCCGCCGUGCCCACGCCGCCACCGCCGCCUCCACGACUCACCCCACCCACCUCCACCUGCUCGUCAGUUUCAUCUGUUUUGCCAUGCUACGUAUUUUGUCUAAGUAGGUUACCACCGAAAAGUGCGACCCUCGGGCCGACGACGUCGUGGGUCGCGGCAAAUGACAUCGACUGUGACCUCUUCGGCGCCGCUUUCGACGCUAUUCGCAACCAAAGUAGUCGAGGUCGGUUUCCCUACUUUUAUCUCUUUUUUUCCGUGUCUGAUAAACGCUUUUAG